AAGCUCCGCCCCUUAAUGACAUCAUCUUACACCAAUCAGGAAACAGGUUGUUCCUGUUCAGUUCUCACUGAGGACAGACACACAGACGGACACACAGAUGCUGCACUCAGAGACAAAAUGGCUUCCAGACCAGAGGAGGAUUUCUGCUGUCCGAUCUGUUGUGACGUCUUUAGAGAUCCUGUUGUUCUGUCAUGCAGCCACAGCUUCUGUAAAGACUGUCAGAAGAGCUGGUGGAAGGAGAAAAUAACACGUGAGUGUCCAGUUUGUAAGAGAAGAUCUUCAAAGGAACACCCACCUAUAAACCGGGCUUUAAAGAACCUGUGUGAGAGUUUCUUACAGGAAAGAGAUCAGAGAUCUUCAGAGGCUCUCUGCAGUCUGCACUCUGAGAAACUCAAACUCUUCUGUCUGGACCAUCAGCAGCCAGUGUGUGUUGUCUGCAGAGAUUCAGAAAAACACACCAACCACAGAUUCAGACCCAUCGAUGAAGCUGCACGACAACAAAAGAAGGAACUUCAGGAAACUCUGGAGCCCUUAAAGGAGAAGUUAAAGGUUUGUGAAGAAGUUAAAGUGAAGUUUGAUCAAACAGCAGAACACAUGAAGGUCCAGACCCGACGCACAGAGAGGCAGAUUAAGGAGCAGUUUAAGAAGCUUCACCAGUUUCUAGAAGAGGAAGAGGAGGCCAGGCUGGCUGCACUGAGGGAGGAAGAGGAGCAGAAGAGUCAGAUGAUGAAGGAGAAGAUGGAGGCUCUGAGCAGAGAGAUAGCAGCUCUUUCAGACACAGUCAGAGCCACAGAGGAGGAGCUGAGAGCUGAAGACGUCUCAUUCCUGAACAACUACAAGGCUGCAGUGGAAAGAGUCCAGCAGCGCCCCCUGCUGGAGGAUCCACAGCUGCCCUCAGGAGCUCUGAUAGACAAGGCCAAACACCUGGGCAACCUGACCUUCAACAUCUGGAACAAGAUGAAGGACAUGGUCUCCUACACUCCUGUGAUUCUGGAUCCAAACACUGCUGAUCCAGACAUCAUCCUGUCUAAAGAUCUGACCAGUGUGAAACUAGCAGGAGAGAAACAGCAGCUUCCUGAUAAUCCAGAGAGGUUUAAUUACCACUGCUCUGUUCUGGGCUCUGAGGGCUUUAACUCAGGGACUCACAGCUGGGAUGUCGAGGUUGGAGACAGUACAUUCUGGUUUCUGGGUGUCUUUGCAGAGACUGUCCAGAGGAAGGGAGUCACACUCUCUGGAUUAUGGGUAAUAUGGUUCAAUGAAGGUGAAUACUAUGCAUUGUCACCAUCAGCUCCGGAAAGUGGUCUCCUAUUUCAGAAGAAGGUCCGGAGGAUCAGAGUGAAUCUGGACUGGAACAGAGGAAAGCUGUCGUUCUCUGAUCCUGAUACUAACACACACAUACACACCUUCACACACACUUUCACUGAGAAGAUGUUUCCAUACAUUAACACUGUGGAUAAAGUGAACAUAUUACCAGUGAAGGUCAGUGUGACAAUGGAACAGAGCAGUUAGAGAUAAAGAGGUUGAUUUUAUUCAUGAUGUAUAUUUCUUAAAGAGAAAAGUCUCUGAAUUGAAGCUGCUGCAAAAACAGACAAAUAUUCUUAAAUAUGAUCCAAGUUUCCUCAAUUAUUGAAGAUUAUCAAAUAAGAUUAAUAAUGUGUAACAAAAAAACAAAACAGAAAUAUUCUUAUUUUUAUAUUUUUUAUUAAAACAAUGAAAAACUAAACAGCUGCUUCAUUUCCAACACUGGGACCAGACGACUUUAUCUUAAAGUGAGAAGUUGUGUGAGUGCUCUUACUUACUUAAAAUAAGGACCAUAAUCUGGUUCCUCUGCUGGGAUAUUAUGCAACCGUUGUUGUUACUGGUUAAAUCAACCUCAAUAUUAGCUGUAAUAACUUAUUAACAGACAGUUAGAUAUAUUUUCUUAAAACCAGAUUCUAAUAAAGAACAUGCUUGAAAGAUUAUUUUUCUUCAUAGACAAAAAAUAAGACACAUUUCAUAGAAACAAGACUUUUAUUUUCUUGAGAUUACUUAUUUUCAGUGAACAAUAUGUUUAUUUUUUAAUGAUUUCACUCAGUUUCUGAUCUUUAUGUUUGGUUCUCUUUUUAUUGACACUGUGUCAUUUUAAAUUGUCAUUUUUUUUAUUAUUUUGACCAAAUCAUAAAAAUAAUCAUCACUAACUGCAUGUUUGAGCAGCCAAGUUUCAAAAUGGUUUAAUUCCACAUAUCAAAUGUUCACAAUAUGUAAAAUAUAUGUUUAAAUGAUCCAAAAUAUAUGAACAAUGUUCUAUUUGCUGUAAUGAAGUGGAGAUGAUUCAGUCUGUAACAGUGUUUUCAUUCAGUUUCCAUCAGUUGAAUUCUGCUGUUAGUCAUUCAGUCAGAGGAGAAGUUCUUCUAUUUAAGGUGGACGUCUCAUGUUUAAGGUGGACGUCUCAGUUCGGGUUCAGACUGUAUGUAAUGUUGCUGAUUUCAGAACACCAACUAACAUUAAUGCUGAAUGUACAAUAACUCCUGUUUUUCAUCAACAUGAUAAAAUAAUGUCUUUACUUUGUUUGUUCUUCGUCCAUUAAUUCCUGAUAGUGGACCCCUCGUCGGACAUUAUCCUUUAAUUAAAUGUACAAUGUGUAAUUCCUGCCACUAGGGGGUCUCUCACAUCAAAACAAUAACAACAGAGGAAGGUUGUGAAGUACGUGUGAUGAUGGGAGUUGUUGUCUUCACCACUAUUACCAUCAUUACAUUGAGCAUAUAGAACAAAGCUCUAGAGUUUAUACACAGUUUAAUGCAGAAAUGUUACAGAUUAUAGAUUUAAGUUCAGGUUUGAGUUUGUUCUUUUCAUGCCACUUUCUGUUUCUGCUGCUCUACAUUUAUCCGACAGCUUCAGUCAGAGGAGAAGUCCUUCUGUUUAAGGUGGACGUCUCAAGUUUGGGUUCAGUAAUGUUGCUGAUUUCAGAACAUGGUUUCCUGUUUUUCAUCAACAUAAUAAAAUAUUGUCUUUA